CGCCUGCAGUGUGAGAAUCUCUUAGUGUAGUCAGUUGGCAGAUUGGUAAGAGUAACUGUUGGGCAAACGAUCAUCUGAAUCCAGGAAAACUUUAACGCACGCGUCAUCUGCCAAAAGCCCCAAGUUGAAUGUUUAGACUCUGCCAUUAAGAAAUACCUGAACAAACCGAAGGAGGAAAUCAAAAUCAUUGAUUGUGGAGCUGGCACCGGAUUGUCUGGAGUCGAACUCAACGAAAUCGGGUACACCAACCUGUGCGCUCUGGAUAUUUCUCAAGAAAUGUUGAAUGAAGCAAAGAAGAAAAACGUCUUCAAAAAAUUUAUCUGCACCCCUCUAAAUGACCAGCAGAAUCCUGAGGUUAAAACUGGAGAGUACGACGUCAUGAUCUGCAUCGGUACGCUGGCUUCUGCGCAUGUCAAACCUGCAGCUAUGGUUGAAAUGAUUCGGAUGAUCAGGAUUGGUGGUCUGAUAAGUUUUAACAUUCGGUAUGGUGAGCUGGAGACCUACCAACCAAAAAUGGAAGAGCUGGAGAAAAGAGGCAACUGGGAGAAGGUAUCCGAGGAUACAUUGCCUCAGUUUCAUAGAGAUGAUAUGCCUCCGACUUCAACAUUCUUUGUUUACAAAGUCUUAAAGUAUUAGUGCUACCACUAACAUGGGGUCUCAAUUGCUUUUACGGCUAUCCGUUAAAAUUUUGGCCAAUUUACCGCUUACUGUAAUAUCUUUCCAUUACGGCCACCACAAAAAUUUUUACGGUUAUGUUUUUUACGACUUGCGGUUAAACAUUUUGGCUAACGGUUAAAACCAUUAAGACCCUCCAAACAAGACAACAAUGAAACUGUAAUGAGUGAGUGAAAUCAUUUGACAAUAAACAUUUAGC